CUUUUUCCACAGCAGGAACACUGUUCCCAUUAGCAGGAAUCAGCAGUUUGAUGGUCUGAACAGACAAUGUCCUAGAUUACUAUGAGACGUUUGGGUGUCAGGCCAGGACUAGUGUCCAUAUAAAGCAACCGUACAGCUAUGGAGCAAAGUUGGACAGCAGAGAAGAAUAUAUGGGCCCUUUUUGUUGUCGAAUAGCAUCAAGUAGGCCAAAAGCCUAUUCAUAUGGUAUGACCUCUUCUGCUGUGCAUGAGGGAGGUCGUGUUUGGCUCGUCAUAAAUGGCAGCUUGGUCCCGGCCGUGGUCACCUCUUGUAGUGAUGGAGAUGUCCUCUUUACAAGUGACUAUGGACAGGAGUUCAUGUACCCCCGUAGCGCCCUCACCAGGGACUUGGUGCUCCCGAUGCAUCAGAGUAACAGGGAAGGUGUGGAGGACAUGUCCUUGCUGGCCGACCUGCAUGAAGCCGCCAUCAUGUUGAAUCUUCAUCAACGUUACAAAGAUGACAAAAUCUAUCGGAAAGCACAAAACUACUCCUUAAAUUUCUGUCAUCGAUGAGUCAGAACUGCGCAGGAGGAGGAGACAAUCAGACUCACGUGGAGGAGGCCAUGAUGGAGAGCAGCCCGAUCCUCGAAGCUUUUGGAAAUGCCAAGACGGUUUACAAUAACAACUCGAGCCGCUUCGGAAAAUUCAUCCAGCUGCACUUCUCCCAGCAGGGCCACAUCCAGGGGGGCCGCGUGGUGGACUAUUUACUGGAGAAGACCCGAGUGACGCGGCAGAGUCCUGGAGAAAGGAACUAUCACAUAUUCUACGCUCUACUUGCGGGGGCCAGUACGGAGGAAAGAGAAGCGCUCUCCCUCUCGGAUCCCCACUCCUAUCAGUAUCUCAGCUCCUCUGGGUGUGUGACGGCCGAGGGACUCAACGAUAAAGACAUGUUUAACAAAGUUUUGACAGCGCUGCAAGUGAUGGAUUUCAGUGAUGAAGAAAUACGAGAAGUAUGGAAGUUGCUUUCUGGCACGCUGCAAAUGGGGAACCUGGAGUUCAUGACUGCAGGGGGCGCUCAGAUCACAACCAAAGCAGUUUUGAGCGAUGUGGCCGACCUGUUGGGAUUGGACUCCUUCCAGCUUUCAGAAGUGCUCACUCAGAGAUCAAUGAUUCUGAGGGGGGAAGAGAUCAGUUCUCCCCUCACAGUGGAGCAGGCUAUAGACUCUCGAGACUCCCUGGCGAUGGCGCUCUACGCUCAGUGUUUCUCUUGGUUGCUGGGGAAAAUAAAUGCCCGUGUCCGGGGAAAGGAAAACUUCAAGUCCAUCGGGAUUCUAGAUAUUUUUGGAUUUGAAAAUUUCCAGAUAAACCGGUUUGAGCAGUUCAAUAUUAACUAUGCCAAUGAGAAGCUCCAGGAAUAUUUCAACAAGCACAUCUUCUCCCUGGAACAGCUGGAAUAUAACAGAGAAGGAAUACAGUGGGAAGCUAUAGACUGGAUGGACAAUGCAGAAUGCUUGGAUCUUGUGGAAAAGAAACUCGGUCUUUUGGCUUUGAUCAAUGAGGAGAGUCGUUUUCCCAAAGGCACAGACUUCACCCUGCUAGAGAAGCUCCAUAACCAGCAUGCUAACAACCCACAUUAUGUGAAGCCGAGGGUAACAGAGAACCAAUUUGGCAUCAAGCACUACGCGGGCGAGGUCACGUAUGAUGUGAAGGGCUUCCUGGAGAAGAACAGGGACACCUUUCGGGAUGAUGUUUUGAACAUGCUGAGGGACAGCAGGUUGGAUUUUAUCUAUGACCUCUUUGAGAAAGUCUCCAGCAGAUGUGGGGAGGAAACAUUAAAGAUGGGGACACUGAAGAAGAAGCCAACAGUCAGUUCUCAGUUCAGGGAAUCCCUCCAUUCCCUCAUGGCAAUGCUCAAUACCUCAAACCCCUUCUUCAUCCGCUGCAUAAAACCCAAUACAGAAAAGUUACCAGACAAGUUCAGCCCGGAGGUGGUCCUGAAUCAGCUGCGGUACUCAGGAAUGUUGGAGACGGUGAAAAUCAGGAGAGCCGGGUAUCCCGUUCGCAGGCAGUACGCCGACUUCAUGAGUAGGUAUAAGAUGCUUCUGAAGGGUAUUACCAAUACGGAGGAUGAUCGAGGAAAAUGUGCGGCUCUCCUGCACACCUUCGAUAACUCUAAGAAAGAAUGGCAACUCGGAAAAACGAAGGUGUUCCUAAAAGAGGCUCUGGAGCAGCGUCUGGAGAAGAGUCGGGAUCAGGAGCUGAAGAGGGCGGCAUUGAUCAUCCGAGCUCACAUCCAGGGAUACAUUGCCAGGAAGCAUUAUAAGCACGUGCGUCUCAGCAUCAUCACAAUCCAGAAGAAUUAUCGCGCUCAUUUCUGGAAGUCAGCGUACCGAAGGCUCCAGUGCUCGGCUCUGCAGCUCCAGAAGCACUGGCGCGGGAGGACCGCCAGACGACUGUAUCGACAAAUGCUGGAGGAGGAGAGGAGGAGGCGAGAGGAGGAAGAGAGGAGACGGAAAGAGGAGGAAAGGCGUCGGCGAGAACUGGAGGAGCAAAGGAGGAUGGAGGAAGAGCGGAAAAGACGAGAAGAGGAAGAGAGGAGGGAGCAGGAGAGGCUGGAGGCUGAGCUGAAGGCUGCUCAGGAAGAACAAGAGAAAGCUCGGAACCUGGAGAACUUCCUGCUACAAGAAGAAGAAAAGCGACAGAUGGACGAGAUCUUGAGACUGGAAAAAGAGAUCGAGAAACUGCAUCACCAGCAGAAGCUGGAUGGAGUCUCCAUCACCUGUGUGGAUACCCGUAAUGAACUUACGCGACAGCGGGAGGAGCAGAUCCAUAAACUGGAGAAGGAAGCCUCCCGUGUGGCUCAAGAGUUCUUGGAGCUGUUGGACUUUGGGAACUUGGAGGAGAGCGCCAACAGCUUGGAGAAUGGAAUCGACGGCACCUUGAAUGUGGACGGCAGUUUGGUGGCACCUUUGGCGGAAGAGGAGGUAGAUGAAGGGUUUCAUGCAGAUGAUGAGUUGUUACCGCCUCCACCCCCAAUGUUGUUAUUGGAUGAUGAAGAUAUUGACGAGGAUCUUAAGACCUGCGAGAGCUUCUCGGAGAACGGAACCUACACGCAAAUUCCUGGUACCUCCACUGACUCUCAGGUGUCUCCUCUAGGACCUCUAUCUACUCAAGACGUAUACAGCGGCCUCUCCGAUAAAUCUGAGAGCAUUUAUCAAUGUCUGUCAGAUGUCCAGAGUAACAGCGAGGAGGCCCAGGAGCCCAUCUACAGCUACCCACCCGAUGUGGAGUCGGACUAUGACCACGAGGAGUUUGACGAAGGUCCCCCAGGUUCUACCGAUGCCAGGAACUCAAGCGACGGCCACUUAACGGAUGAAGAGAUCCCUCGUAUCUCCAAACCGGGCAGCUACGGGUCACAGUGUGGGAGUUUGGAUUCGUUCUUGGACAGUGAUGAAGAAGCGGACAGCCAUAUUGACACCGAUGAAGAACUGAUGACCUCGCGCGUCACUCUGUUCAAUGGAGGAGGCCCUCCCUAUUUUCACAGUUACCUGUAUAUGAAAGCCGGUGGCCUUAUGAACAUGUGGAGACGUCGGUGGUGCGUCCUCAAAGACGAAACCUUCAUGUGGUUCCGGACUAAGCAGGAGGCUCUGAAGUCGGGCUGGCUGUAUAAGAAGGGCGGCGGGAUGUCCACGUUGUCUCGGCGCAACUGGAAACGUCGCUGGUUUGUGCUAAGAGAGUCCAAGCUCAUGUACUUCGAGAACGAUAGUGAAGAACGUCUAAGAGGGACCAUCGAUGUCCGCACCGCCAAAGCCAUCAUUGAUAUUCACGAGAAGGAGAACGCUCUGGAUAUCGUUACUGGGGAGCGAACGUAUCACAUUGUGGCCGAGACCCCUGAAGAUGCCAGCGGCUGGUUCAAUGUCCUGAGCAGAGUUCACAGCGCGACCUCUCAACAGCUGCGAGACAUGAGGGAUGAACAAGCUAACCCCAAGAAUGCUGUGGGAACCCUGGAUGUGGGGCUUAUUGAUUCUGUCUGCGCCUCCGACUGUCCUGAUAGACCAAAUUCCUUUGUGAUCAUUACCGCCAACCGGGUCAUCCACUGCAACACGGAUAUCCCUGAGGAGAUGCACCACUGGAUCUCCCUGCUGCAGAAACCCCGAGGAGAAGCCAAGGUGGACGGACAGGAGUUUCUCGUAAGAGGUUGGCUCCAUAAAGAAGUCCAGAGCAGCAACAAAAUGGCGUCUCUCAAAUUAAAACGUCGCUGGUUUGUGCUGACCCGAAACGCUCUAGAUUACUACAAGUCCUCCGAGCGAAUGGCGUCCAAACUGGGCACCCUGGUCCUGAACAGCCUGUGCUCUGUGGUGCAGCCGGAUGAGAAGACGCACACGGAAACAGGAUACUGGAAUAUUGUCGUGUAUGGGAGGAAACAUUCCUAUAGAUUGUAUACAAAGCUGCUAAAUGAGGCCAUGAGGUGGGCGAACGCCAUCCAGGGAGUGAUUGACAGCAAAGCCCCCAUAGAGACUCCCACCCAGCAACUCAUCCGGGACAUCAAGGAGAACAGCCUGAACAGUGAAGCUGUGGAGCAGACGUACAGGAGGAACCCAAUCUUAAGAUAUACCCAGCAUGCUUUGCACUCGCCACUUCUACCGCUGCCUUACGGGGACAUCAACCUCAAUCUGCAAAAGGAGAAAGGUUACACCACACUGCAGGACGAGGCGGUGAGGAUCUUCAACUCUCUCCAGGAGAUCGAGACCGUCCCUGAUCCGGUCCCUAUAAUCCAGGGCAUCCUGCAGACCUGCCAAGACCUGAAACCAUUAAGAGAUGAAGUUUAUUGUCAGCUGAUCAAACAGACCAAUCACGUCCCGCAGCCAAACAGCCCGACCAACCUGCGCCACUGGCAGCUCCUCACCUGUAUGAGCUGCACCUUCCUGCCUGGGCGCGAGAUCUUGCGCUACCUUAAAUUCCACCUUAAGAGGAUACGGGACAGCUUCCCCGGCUCGGAGGUCGAGCAGUUCGCCCACUUUAUUGCUGACGCUCUGAAGAAAACGAAAUGCAGGGAGCUGGUUCCAUCGCAGGAAGAGAUCUCGGCUCUGCUCACCCGCAGCAACAUGACCACGUCGGUCUACUGUCAUGGCGGAGGCUCCUGUCAGAUCAGCAUUAAUUCUCAUACCACCGCUGGAGAGGUGGUGGAGAAAUUAAUCCGCGGCCUGUCUAUGGACGACAGCCGCAACAUGUUCGCCCUCUUUGAACGCAACAAUCAAACGGACCGGGCGGUGGAGAGUCGGGUCAUUGUGGCGGACGUUCUGGCAAAGUUUGAGAGACUCGCCAGUACAGGAGACGAGGAGGAUGAAUCGGGUCUGUGGACUCUGUACUUCAAACUCUAUUGCUUCCUGGAUGUGCAGAGCGUUCCCAAGGAGGGGGUUGAGUUCGCCUUCAUGUUUGAGCAGGCUCAUGAAAGUCUUACAUGUGGUCACUUCCCGGCCCCUGAAGACACUUUACAGCACUUGGCCGCCUUAAGACUGCAAUAUCAACAUGGAGAGUUUUCCAAAGUUUCGUGGUCCCUGGAAAUGGUUUAUCCUGUUCAGAGGUUAAAGAACAAGAUUCUUCAGGCCACCAAAACCAGCAGCACAUCUGGUCAGACCCUGGAGAGGAGGAGAACCAGCUUCUUAGAGGGGACCCUGAAACGGGGCUUCAAAGUGGGAUCCAUGAAGAAACAGAAGAUGGAGGAGGAACAGAUGAUGGAGAUGUGGGUGAAAGAGGAACUCUCUGCGGCUCGCACGAGUAUAGCGGAGAAAUGGAGUCGCCUUCACGGAAUGUCCCAGCACCAAGCAAUGGUGAAUUAUAUGGCGAUUGUUACUGAGUGGCCGGGAUAUGGAUCUACGCUCUUUGAUGUUGAGUAUAAAGAAGGAGGAUUUCCUAAUGAUUUGUGGCUCGGGGUCAGUGCAGAAAAUGUUUCCGUCUACAAACGUGGAGACCCGAAGCCCCUGGAGACCUUUCAGUAUGAACACAUCAUCUUCUUCGGUGCUCCUCAGCCCAACACCUUCAAGAUUACAGUAGACGACCGAGAAAUGUUCUUUGAAACAACCCAGGUGGGAGAGAUCACCAAGAUCAUGAGAGCCUACAUCAACAUGAUCGUCAAGAAGCGCUGCAGCGUCAAGUCUGUGACCAGCCAGGACAGUCAAUUCAGCAGCUGGGCCAGGUGACCAAACUACGCCACUUAGUGGUGGUAUUCCGGGACAUCCCAUUCCCCCUUGCCGGCCAUGUAUAUAAUUUAAUAUGAAGAUUUCUUAGAUUACAUGACCUGCAUGAUGUAUAAUACGAGAGGUUUCGAUCCACGUUGUAGACUGGAGAUUACUCCCCGGUGGCCGAACCCUCGGAGUAUGAAUUCUUUUUAUACUUGUGCAUCCUGACCUGGAAUAGGAAGAUAAUCCUUCACCGCCUCCUCGCACAACAGACUGGUGACUUGUAUCAUCAAGGUGAAUUUUAUUUCAAGAAAACUGACUUUGGGGGAAAACAAAAAAUCUAAAACAUCCUUUUUUUCUACAAAGAUUUCUGUCUUCCUGCUGAAGAUGUGACCUUGUGCCACCUCAGCCCCAGUUUGAUCUUCUGAAUCCUUCUCAGGGAUUUGUAAGAUUUGCAAGAAGUGUUUGCCGGAGACGUGACAUUGCCGGUAUUUGCCGGAGACGUGACAUUGCAGGAGACGUGACAUUGCCGGUAUUUGCUGGAGAUGUGACAUUGCUGAAGACGUGACAUUGCCGGUAUUUGCUGAAGACGUGACAUUGCCGGUAAUUGCUGAAGACGUGAAAUUGCCGGUAAUUGUUGGAGACAUUAAUGGAGGACCCGGCCUUUUGUUUCCAAUGGAGAUUUUACAGUAUUAGUUUUUCCCUCACCCCAUUGUGGAUAAUUCCCAGUAGGUUAGGGAAGAUUUUCUUCCUUUCCGCGCUUACAGAAUCUUCUGUGGAAAGUAUGGAGUAUUAUUUAUUUUCUAAACUGUCUUCCCUAUGCCAUAAUGGCACCCUCCUAUACUAGUGACAUCAUUCUCCUCUUGGAUGUUACUUUUUAAUGUUAUAUCCUAGGUAUCACUGUAUAGUAUUGUAUCCCAUAAUGCACUGGGUGGCUUAGAUGUCCUGGGGUAAGACUCCCAUUAUCAGGAGGACACUUCAAAGUGAUGGAGACCGUCCUUGUAUUUUACAGUGUUCUUGGAUUAAUUGUCUGGUGCUGGACCAUAGGUUUUUCUAUUGAGACUACUCAUCCCAUGGUACCAAAUAUGAGAAAAGUUUCUUUAAAAGAACACUCCGGGCUAACUGACACAUGGUGUCGUUCCCAGUUCAGGGUCCGAGGGGGCAGGGCUUCACAGAAUGGUUCAAACACCACCAAAGUGAGAAUCCCUGUGUCAUGCUCCGGCCCCUGAGGUUCUUCACUAGUAUAACAGUGUAUUCCUGGAAUGUUCCUUUUUAGACUUUUUCAGUCAUCUUUCCUCAGACAAUCAUGGCACAGAAUGUGGACACUCUUCUACACACCUGCGUCUUGAAGUCCAUUGGAUCCUACUUACUCCCAAAAAAUCUUCAGUAUUUGCUUGAGUCCUCCUCAAGUUGUUUAAAACUUCUUAUUGAGUUGUUUCUAACAGAAGAAGUCCUUAGACCUCCGUUUGAAGAACCUCCAUUUGAAGACGACCUUUUAAAAGACAUGUUCUUCACAAUGGACUUUCCUUAGACGGGUGUUCCAGGUCUUCAAUAUCGAUGGCCAACACUGUAGUCCUGGGUAAUCAAUCCCACACAUGGCAUCAUCCAUGGAUCAUACCAUGUGGGAAGAUGAACAUUGUUUGCAGAGACCAAUUGCCGUGCAACUGGGGGAAGUUUCACCAAUUUUUUUUUUCUUAGCUGCUUGAAGAAUGGAGGCCUUUGGGUUAUGUUUGCCCGACCUCUGCGGCUUCUGUCUUAGACCGUGCUCCUGGGCUGCUGCAGGCGGUGGUGCCUGGGACUGAAUGUAUCUCGCUUAUUAUGAUGGUGGAAUUGACUGUUACUGCAUUUACAUUAUAUUGCUAAUAAAUUAUUGAGUUUAAACAUACUGAUGGCUACGAGGAUUCUGUAUGUAAUAGAGAUUGUUAUAUCCCUCAUAUCACACGAUUUGCUGUUCAACUCGUAUCUCAAUUUCUGAUCAACUUUACACCUCAAUUUCUGAUCUAUUUCACCAUUCUAUAUUCUGCUGCUUUUCAUAAAAUUCGGGAUCAUAAAGCUACCACUAGGGGGAG